AUGGGGAGCUCAAGUCCCGUCAAGGAUUUCACGGUCACCAUCGUUGGCGGCGGCAUUGGCGGCCUCACCCUGGCAGCUGGUCUUCUGCGCCGCAAUGUUCCUGUGCAGAUCUAUGAAGCGGCCGCGGCGUUCGCAGAGAUUGGCCUUGGUUUAUCCAUUGGGCCUGCGGCGCAUCGCGCAAUGCCUCUAAUUGAUCCCCAGAUUCGUGAGAUCUACGACUCACUGGUGACGACGCAUGCCGAUAGCCCCGGGUUCGAACAAUACCGUCAGACCUGGUUCGAGAUUGUCUGGGCGAGCGGCGAGAAAGAAGGGGACCUAUUGAUGGACUUGAAAGCGCUCCCAUCUGGCCAGACUACGCUGCGUCGGGCAAAUUUUCUCGAUGCCCUCGUCAAUCUGAUUCCCCCUGACAUUGUACAUUUUGGCAAGCGUCUCGAUAGCCUGGCGGAAACAGCCGAUGGUGUGCAGUUGCAUUUCGACGAUGGGACCUCGGUUCGGGCGGAUGUGGUUAUUGGUUGCGACGGGAUCAAGUCAAAGGUCAAGGAGUCGAUGCUUCCAGAGGAAUCAAAGUAUACUCAGCCUCAGUAUAGUGGCAUGUAUGGCUACCGCGCAGUGCUGGACAUGGAUGACAUGGUUAAAGCCGUUGGGGAUCAGCGCGCGAAGGUGUCGACUCUUUAUAUUGGAGAUGGAGCAUAUGGAAUUUCGUAUCCGAUUAUGCGGGCACAAAAGGUAAAUGUUGGGCUCUAUAUAUUGAACGACAAGUGGGACAGUGAUACGUGGGUUCGGCCGGCAAAGAGGGAAGACAUGCUUCGCGAUGCGCGCAAUAUGGGACGAUACGUAAAUUCUCUUGUUGAGCAUAUGCCGGAUCCAUCUCAGUGGGCUAUUUUUGAACAUCCUCACAUCUCCACCUUCUGCCAGUCUCGGGUAGCCAUUCUCGGAGAUGCAGCACAUGCCUCUACGCCCCACCAGGGAGCCGGUGCUGGACAAGCAAUUGAAGAUGCUCAUGUCUUAGCUGAACUUUUGGGUGACCCGCGAGUUCAAACACCACAGCAAGCGAUUGCAGCGUUCAAGGCAUAUGAUGAUGUUCGCCGCCCGCGCAGCCAGAGAGUGGUUACAAGUAGCAAGGAAAAUGCAUAUAUUCUGUGUUUGUGCUUUGAGGGCGUUAAAGACGACGACCAUAAGCUCAAAGAGGCAUUCGAGUCGCGUCUACACUGGUUGUGGGAUUUAGAUAUUCAAGGUCAGGCGGAAGAUGCAAGGCACAAGAUGUUUGAAUAUCUGGAUGCUUAA